GGACGUCAGUCGGUUGUUGGAGUUAACCGUCCGCUAAAUACAAGUUCUUAUACCGGAGAAAGACCGUGUUUAAUCUAGGAUUUUAGUCUGUAGACAACUAUUAGAGGCACAAAUUAGCCAAAUUAAAGCGGCCAUGGAGAUGAAAAAACAAAACUCGCCCACAUCUUCGUAUUCAUCUGACAAUGACAGCAGCUGCUCUGCCUCUGCUCCCGAUGCGUUCCCUCUGGAAAACUCCACCAACUUCUUGGCCCCUCACACCCCUGGCACCAUCAUCCCCAACCGGAUUUUUGUCGGGGGCAUUGACUUCAAGGUUAAUGAGAGCGACCUGAGACAUAUCUUCUCACAGUAUGGUGCAGUGAAGGAGGCGAAGGUUGUCUUGAAUCGCUCAGGAGCGUCAAAAGGAUAUGGGUUUGUUACGUUCGAAACUCAAGAAGAUGUCCUGAAAAUCCUCAGCAACGCUAACGGGUUUUGUUUCAAAGAGAAGAAACUCUUCAUUGGCCAAGCUGUGAAAAAGCAGAAACCAUCAGGACAAGCAAACCACCCUCAUAUGACCCCCAUUGAACCUGCCAUACCUCAUCAGAUGUCCUUUGGGACGUUCUACCUGACCACGUCCACAGGGUAUCCCUACACCUACCAUAACGGAGUGGCUUACUUUAAUUGUGCAAACAUGAACCCCGCUCCCCACCACUGGUCUUCUGCGCCUCAGCUGAUGCACUCUCAGUCCCAUCAGCCCAUUCACCACCAGCAGCCCGUGUAUCACCACUUCCAGAGCGUUCCAAACCAGUAUCAGUGGAAUACUGUUCAAGUGCCCUCUGGUGCAGCGAUCUACUCUCAGCAGUCUGAAUAUCUCAACCAGCCCACUGAUGGAGGCUCCUUCAUGUUUCCUGUGCCUGUGAUGGAGGCUGCCACACCACAGAAUCAGAUGUUUCCUCCUCACACCCAUCUGAAGACAAAGUACCGGCGCUGCUUUCACCGUAAAAACUGCAGCCAUCUGCCUGGAUCAUCGGAGACCCCCAAUAACUUGAUGUUCCAGCCCCCCCCAGCCUCUCCUGUAGGCUGACGUGUCGACGGGUUCUCACGUUCAUCACCCCCAGCACUCAGGUCAUUUCAGUCAGUUCCUCUCCAUGAAUUCAUCACAAUCGUUUCAGUUGUCUUACAUCGAGGCCCUCGCAAGCUGGACGGUUUGAAAAGGGGCAUUUUUAAGCCAGUUUUCUACCUUCUAAAAAAUAAGAUGCCUGAAGGUUAUUUCAGUGGGCAAUACAACCUGAAGAUGUGUAAAACAUCAAAUCUUCUUAGAAUAUCACAUUUGAAGAACAGAAGUAAGGAUCUGUUCUGUUAGAAAGCUGCUGCAGCAGUGUCCCAUCAUGACCCUGUUAGGUUUUCUCUUUUUAUUUUCAAGGAGGAAUCCUAACUAAAACUUUCCAAAUGUUCCCUAUUUCAAAGGAUCUGUUGUUACAGUCUUAAAACAAAACAUCUAAAAUUUGAACAGAAUCAACUUUGAAACUCGGUAUUGACCUGAACUCAGUUUGAAGUCUUUUCUGUUAAUCAGGAUCAAUUCCUGAUGUUUUUAUUUUACUUCUGAACCGGUAAAAAGUCUUUAGAUCAGUUUUACACAGGUGUUAGUGGACCUUACCAUGUCAGCUGUUACAGACUAAAGAGCGAUGCUGCAGUGACACACGCUGGAUCAGUGCUUUAAAGUAGAGCAACUCUGCUGGUUUUGCACAGCAGAAUAUUUGUUUGAGGCUGAAAGUGAUGCCUGUCAGCACCAGGAUGCUCUGAAUUUUAUCAUUUAGAAAGGUAUUAAAAAUAGUGCUGAUAAACUUGUUUUAAAGGAACAGUUUAUUUGUCAGCAUCCUGAGUUAAUAGCAGCUCAGUCCUGUUUUCAUUGUGUGAAACAUCUGUAUUUAGUGUGUUGAAGUCAGUCAGAAAUCUACUUAAAGGGAAUUUGUUUUUGUUUUUGAGCCAAUGAAAAGAAUACGUAAAAGUAUGUUGAGAAUAUUUUAAAGCUUGAUUUCUUUGGUUCAGUAGUUUACUGACUGUAGAAAAAUGUGUUCAAAUAAGAGAUGUUUUAGUAAUUAGAUUUUUCUUGAAGUUCUACAUUUUCUGAAUGUUACUGAGGAAUUUUUUAUCCAUUUGUUUAAAUAUUUUAUUUUUCACCAAAUAUUCAACAAGCUACCUUCGAUUUAGUAAAUUAUUCAGAUGGAAGUUGAAAUCUUUAAAUUUGCUUUUGUAUCAAUAGUCAACUCUGAAGCUUUAAUUGAAAAUUUAUUACACUUCUUGGGAAAAAAAACUUGUAAAUCUAGUUUUAUAACACUUUAAAGUCUGUCUGUGCUUCUGUAAUGUUGUUGCUUUUUAUUUAUGUGUCUUUAGAGUGAAGCACCGAGUAAAAUACUUAAAGGGA